AACCAUAAGCAGUCAGUGUUAGGUUUUGUUGUUUGGUUUAAUUAAGCCAUGGAUCAAGGGUGGAAAAGGUUACCCUUGUUAGUAGUCUUCCUGCUGUUUUGGAAGAAUGCUCCUGGUUAUGCAUAUUCAACUUAUCGAAAUGCUGGCCAAUGGUGGAGUCAGCCAUCUGACACCGCUUUCUUGCCUAUUGCGGUCCAGUCUUCUGUGCCAGAAGCCCCUGUGACAGGGGUUUUGCUUGAAGAAGUGGUCUCUAGUUUGCCAAAAAACACACCCAAGUUUAAUCUACUUCAGGUUGUUAAAGGUGAUGUUUCCAGCAGUUCUGACUCGACACCCCAAGCUCUACCUCCAAAUACCCCCUCUUCAGCUUCUCUGCCUGUGGAUCAAUCUGGUAUUGGUGGUUUAGUGUCACUUCAGGGUUUGUCUGGAUCCACCACAAGUGGUUCUGGACCAAUUGUUUUUGCACAAGGGGUAAGUGGCAGCUUCCCUUCCAAGACUGGAGUUUCUAGCCAGUCCACUAAUGACCAGAGCUCCCCGAGUCUGUCUAGUUCAGUUUCUCAAGGUGCCACCUAUGGCGUAAUUACCCAGGCUCAAGGUACAAGUCAGUUUGUUCCAGGGUCUUCAUCCCCAUAUGCAACCAUAUCAUUGCCCAAAUAUGUUACUAGUCGGUUGAUGACUGGACCAAGCACAAAGCAGUUUACCUCUGUCUAUGGCACCCCGACGGGAUCCUCUGCUCCUUUCAUUUUGCAAGAACUACUGCAGGGUCAAGAUUCAACAAGCCAGGUUGUUUCGGUACCUUCAACCCCAUAUGUAGCUGUAUCAUUGCCCCAAAGUGUUACUAGUCAGCUGACCCCUGUGCCAAGUUCAAAGCAGGUCACCUCUGUCUAUACCACCCCGACAGGAUCCUCUGCCCCUUUCACUCUGCAAGGACUACUCCAGGGUAAAGGUUCAACAAGCCAGGUGGUUUCAGUACCUUCAACCCCAUAUGUAUCUGUAACAUUGCCCCAAGUUGUUACUAGUCAAUUGACCCCUGUGCCAAGUUUAAAGCAGGUCACCUCUUUUUAUACCACCCAGACAGGAUCUUCUGCCCCUUUGACUUUGCAAGAACUACUGCAGGGUCAAGAUUCAACAAGCCAGGUUGUUUCGGGAUCUUCAACCCCAUAUGUAUCUGUAACAUUGCCCCAAGUUGUUACUAGUCAAUUGACCCCUGUGCCAAGUUCAAAGCAGGUCACCUCUGUCUAUACCACCCAGACAGGAUCCUCUGCCCCUUUCACUCUGCAAGGACUACUCCAGGGUAAAGGUUCAACAAGCCAGGUGGUUUCAGUACCUUCAACCCCAUAUGUAUCUGUAACAUUGCCCCAAGUUGUUACUAGUCAAUUGACCCCUGUGCCAAGUUUAAAGCAGGUCACCUCUUUUUAUACCACCCAGACAGGAUCCUCUGCCCCUUUCACUUUGCAAGAACUACUCCAGGGUCAAGAUUCAACAAGCCAGGUUGUUUCAGUACCUUCAACCCCAUACAUAUCUGUAUCAUUGCCCCAAGUUGUUACUAGUCAGUCAGCUGUGCCAAGUUCAAAGCAGGUCACCUCUGUUUAUACCACCCAGACAGGAUCCUCUGCCCCUUUCACUUUGCAAGAACUACUCCAGGGUCAAGAUUCAACAAGCCAGGUUGUUUCAGUACCUUCAACCCCAUACGUAUCUGUAUCCCUGCCCCAAAUUGUUACUAGUCAGUCAGCUGUGCCGAGUUUAAAGAAGAUUACUGCAGUCUAUGACUCUCAGACAGGUUCCUCUGCUCCUUACACUUUGCAAGGAAGCACCACAUAUGGUGGACUAAUCCAGGCUCAAAAUGCCAAAGAUUCGUCUUCUACGGGAUCUUCAUCCUCUGUCCUCCAGACCUCAACUGGUGACCUUUCUCAUCCUUCAAGCAGCUUUUCUACCCUAAGACGUUACUACUCUGUCAAGGGUUAGGAAACCGUUAAACUGCCAUAUGAAGCAAUGUUCCUAAACUGAUUUCCAAUAAAAUUUUGAAGUAAA